GAAAAGCAUUUUCCAGAAAUCCUUGCAGCUGCUAUUCUAUAGUAUGGUACACCUCUUAGCUUCCUGUUCUCCAGAAAUUCUCUAACUAAUCUAUUAACCUCUCUGUUCAUAUUAUUUUUCCUAUUUCAAUCCCUAAUCCUUCUCAGUGAUAUUUAAAAAAAAAGGUAUUUUAUUCUAUAUAUCAUUGAUGGGAAUAUUGUCCAUGUUGAUAUUUUUGGGUUAUUGAAUGAGAAAGGGAUAGGAGAGGAAGUAGAGAGGAAAGAAAGAGAGAAACAGAGGAGAGAUAGAGAGAGAAAUUGGUUGGCUGUUGUGAUCGUGAAGGAGGGGAUCUGAUCUUUCCUUUUCACGUUGAAUUCUCCUCUAGCUUUCAGCUUUUUGUGUGUUUCACAGAGAUACUUUCAAAUACACAUAUACCUUGUGAGAGAUAAAAAAGAGAGAAAAAAGAUUGGAUGGAUAGAUCCCAUAAUAGGAGAACAAGAAAAAGGAGGAGGAGAAGAAUAAGAAGAAGAAAAGAAAGCUAACUUUUAUCAAUAACCCAAUACUUUGUUCUUGUUCAUUUUUGUUCUUGGAAACAAAAGAAAGAAGUUUCCCUUGGUGAUUGAUUUCCCUUCUCUACCCGCAAUGAACAAAUAAGCAGCCAAUUUGGCAAUCCAAAAUCGAUUCAUUUCACACCAUUUAUUGCGUAAUUGUAUCUAGCAGCCUCAGAAUCCAUAGCCAGAAUCAAACGGAGCUUGCUGGAUUCGUUGUUUAAUUUUUGUUUUUUUUUGACAGAGAGAUAUGAGAGCUGGGCUCAGUACGAUUCAGCAAACUCUCACCCCUGAGGCGGCGAGUGUUUUAAACAACUCAAUAGCUGAAGCUAGCCGCCGGAACCAUGGCCAGACUACGCCCCUUCAUGUGGCGGCAACGCUUUUGGCUUCGCCGUCUGGGUUUCUCCGGCAAGCCUGUAUCAAAUCGCACCCCAACUCUUCGCAUCCUCUCCAGUGUAGAGCCUUGGAACUAUGUUUUAGUGUCUCUCUGGAGCGGCUUCCCACCGCCCAGAACCAUAGUCCAGGCCAUGACCCACCAAUCUCCAAUGCCUUAAUGGCGGCACUGAAGCGAGCUCAGGCUCACCAGCGACGCGGCUGCCCUGAGCAGCAGCAACAGCCUCUUCUAGCGGUGAAAGUAGAGCUUGAACAGCUAAUUAUAUCAAUUUUAGAUGAUCCAAGUGUUAGUAGAGUUAUGAGGGAAGCUAGUUUUUCCAGCCCAGCCGUUAAGGCCACAAUUGAGCAGUCUCUUAACUCUUCGUCCAGUUCCUCUGCCGCUGCAGCCGCCUCUAAUUCAAAUUCAUUUGGAUUCGGGUUUCGCACACCUGGAGCUGUGCCAGUUCCUGCGCCAGCAACGAAUCGGAAUUUGUAUGUCAAUCCCAGAUUGCAGCAAGGGAGUAUAGCGCAAUCUGGGCAGCAGAGGAAUGAGGAAGUUAAGCGGCUUGUCGAUAUUUUGUUAAAGAAUAAGAAAAGGAAUCCUGUUUUGGUUGGUGAAUCUGAGCCGGAGAUGCUUGUGAGGGAGCUAUUGAAGAGGAUUGAGAAUAAAGAAAUAGGAGAUGGGUUGUUGAAGAAUGUUCAGGUGAUUCAUUUGGAAAAGAAUUUUCUAGACAAAACGCAAAUAGCAGCAAAGAUUAUGGAAUUAGGGGGUUUGAUCGAGACCCGUAUAGCGAAUUUGGAUUGCGGAGGAGUAAUUCUUGAUUUGGGUGAUUUGAAAUGGCUGGUUGAGCAGCCUGUGAACUUUGCCGGUGCUGGUGGAGUCCAACAGCAGCAAAUUGUGUCUGAAGCUGGGCAGGCAGCUGUAACGGAGAUGGGGAAGCUGUUGGCACGGUUUGGAGAGAGGAGUGGCAGUGGUGGCGGUGGAAGGGUUUGGCUGAUUGGAACUGCUACUUGCGAGACAUAUUUGAGGUGCCAGGUCUAUCAUCCUUCUAUGGAAACUGAUUGGGAUCUACAGGCAGUGCCAAUCGCUCCUAGAGCACCUCUUCCGGGAAUGUUUCCGAGGCUUGGAACCAAUGGGAUUCUAAGCAACUCAGUUGAGUCUUUUUCACCUUUGAAGGGCUUUCCAACCAUUACACCUACUCCACCAAGGCGUCUUACUGAGAACUUGGAUCCUGCUCAAAGAAUGAGUUGUUGCCCACAAUGUAUGCAGAAUUAUGAGCAAGAGCUCGCAAAAACUAUUCCAAAAGAAUCUGAGAUAUCUUCUUCAGAAUUUAAAUCAGAAACAACUCAGCAACUACUACCACAGUGGCUGAAAAAUGCCAAGUCUCAAGAUGGUGAUGCUAAAACGUUGGAUCAGACUCUGACUAAAGAUCAAGAAUUAAUUUUUAAGCAGCAGAGUCUAGAGUUGCAGAAGAAAUGGCAUUACAAGUGCUUGCAUCUUCAUCCUGUUUAUCAUCAGCCUAAUGUUGGCUCUGAGAGAAUUACACAACCGGCUCUCUCUACGAUGAGCUUGUACAAUACUAACCUCCUUCCUCGCCAACAUUUCCAGCCCAAGUUAGGUUUGAAUAGAAAUAUUGGUGGAUCUCCACAACUGAACCCAAAUCUGUUUCCCAGCCAAUCACCUGGUCAGGCAAUUACUCCGCCAGGAAGCCCUGUGAAGACAGACCUGGUUCUUGGGCGGCCAAAGAGCAGCGAAAACACGCCUGAGAAAGGCCAUGAGGAGCGCAUUAAAGACUUUUUAGGUGUUGUUGCUUCUGAGCCACAGAUCAAGUUGCAUGACUUGCAGGCCAACAAGCUUCUAAGUGCGUUAGAUGCGGAUGCAUUUAAGAGACUACUCAAGGGUCUUCUUGAGAAGGUUUGGUGGCAGCGAGAAGCAGCCUCUGCAGUAGCUACAACUGUGACACAAUGCAAAUUGGGCAAUGGUAAACGGCGGGGUAGUACAUCUAAGGGUGAUAUUUGGCUACUGUUCACAGGUCCUGACGGGGUUGGCAAAAAGAAGAUGGCAUCAGCUCUAUCAGAUCUGGUAUGUGGGACCAAUCCAAUAAUGGUAUCUCUUGGUGCGCGACGCGAUGAUGGAGAAUCUGAAGUGAAUUUCCGUGGUAAAACAGGACUUGAUCGAACAGUAGAGGCUGUUAGGAGGAACCCAUUUUCAGUAAUCAUGCUUGAGGACAUUGAAGAAGCAGAUAUGCUUGUUCGAGCGAGCAUAAAGCGGGCCAUGGAGAGAGGCCGACUUUCUGAUUCACAUGGCCGUGAAAUCAGUCUUGGUAAUGUAAUUUUCAUUCUCACUGCAAAUUGGUUGCCAGACAAUCUCAACUUCCUAUCAAAUGGUGUUUCCUUCGAUGAAGAGAAGCUCAUCAGUUUGGCAAGUGGAGGAUGGCAAUUAAGGCUAUCUCUCUCCAAGAAAACAGCAAAGCGCCAUGCCAGUUGGUUGCAGGAUGAAGAGAGAUCUGCGAAACCAAAGAAGAACUCAGGAUCAGCACUAUCAUUUGACCUUAAUGAAACUGCCGGUGCUGAGGAUAAAGCUGAUGGCUCACGCAAUUCAAGUGAUCUCACAAUUGAUCACGAAGAUGAACAUGUUCUGAAUAACAGACUACUAACGCCAACAGUUUCAUCAUUGUCUCGAGAGCUGCUCAAUUCUGUAGACGAUAGUAUUGUUUUCAAACCCGUGGACUUUGGUCUCAUUCGUUGUGAGGUUUCUAAUUCUAUAACCAAGAGGUUCUCCACCAUUAUCAGUGAUGGAAUCUCAUUUGAAAUUCAAGACCAGGCGCUUGAAAAGAUUGCUGGUGGGUUAUGGUUAAGCAAAGCAAGUUUAGAAGAAUGGACUGAGAAAGUAUUGGUUCCAAGCAUGCGCCAGCUCAAGCUACAGUUACCAACAUCCACUGAGGAAUCAUCCAUGGUUGUUUGGCUCGAACCCGACAGCGAUUCAGCCAGCCGCAGCCACACAGAUUGGCUGCCGAGCAGCGUCAGAGUAGUGGUUGGUGGGUUGUGAGCGUGGUGGGAGGGCACUCAUUUCUGUUUAAUAUAUAGAGAUGUAAAUAUUCUCCAACUGUUUUUGGCGGGUUGGUUGAAAGCGGUUGACAAGGGUAAAGAAGGAAAAUGGAUUAAAAAAAAAAAAAACAGUCAGAGUAGAGGGAGACGUUGAUAGAUUAACGGAACCUUUAGCCGGCAAGGUCUCGCCUUUUCCUUUUACUAUUAUUAUUAUUUUAUUACUUUGUUACAUGCCCCUCCCCAUCUUUUUUGUCUUUAUAAAAUUUAAUAAUAUUUUUACAAAAUAUAUUUUUAUUAUUUAAAAAUUUAAA